AUGGUUCAAGGAGCUUCCACUCAUGCAUCUGCCCGCGCCCGGUCACGCACUGACAGGAUCUACCUGAACCAGCACGCGGUGGAGCAGCUCGACCGGCACAUGACGUGCUGCGCACUCCCCUGGCGGGAAGACCUUUCUGCGCACCGUGCGGUGCUUUUCUCCAGGCGGGCCCCGCAACGGCUCCCUAUGCACCUGCGGCCCAUUCCGGACCGCGCGAUUCGCCAUGAGGACUUCGAGCGGCGAGUGCGCUUGGAGUUCGGCCAGCGCCUGCGCGACCACCCGGAGGAUUGGGGCGUGCAGAAGCUUGGUCACCUGAAGGCGGCUUUGCGGCAGGCGGGGCUCAACUUGGAAGGGGAGUGGGCGGGCGUCCCGGAGGCGAUGACAUUGGAGGACCGCCUCGGCGUCGCCCUCUGCUUCAUCCGGGCGUUCGAGCGCGGCUUCGCGACCGAUGUCUCUUCGUGCCUCCUCCGCUACCCCAAGAUCCGGGAUCUGGUUGACAAUCCCUAUGCGUUCGAGGGCAACGUUUCGGCCAAGCUCCAGCGGCUGAGGGAUCACGCCAUGGAGUUGGCGCGCGACCACGCGCUGGAUGAGUUGGGCAAGUCCCAUGCCGACCUCACUGGUACCGACGCUUUUACAGCAGCCAAAGCGCGUGCCAAGAAUAACAGGCUCAUCUUUCGACUCCGGCCAGGACGUGUCUCGGCGGUGGACUGCGUCCUCGACGAGCACGGCGAGGCAAGGACGACGCCGGAGGAGAUGGCAGCGACUCUGCGCACGCAUUGGGGGAAAGUAUUUCAGCGCCGUGGGGUCGACGAUGACAUGCUGGCUGAGUGGCUCGACCAGGAUUCCGACCACCGCCCGCUGGAUCAGCUCGGGCCGUUCCCUCCCCGCAGUUUCCGCCUGAAGAAAAAGCACAUCCGAGAGGCCAUCCGCAGAUCGUCCUGCUCCUCUCCAGGGCCGGACGGACUUUCUUUCUUGGCCUGGAGGCGCAUUGAGUCGUUGGCCGUGGAGGUCCUGCACGAGGUCUUCGGCGACAUCUGCAGCGAGGACGGUUUGCGACGGCUCCACGAAUUCGCGGAGGACUUCAACCACAGUCUGUUAUUCUUCAUCCCGAAGGGCCCGCCCGAGAGAUUGGGAUCGGCUGACAUGGGCCACGCGGUGGACAAGGUCAGGCCCCUGAGCGUGACCAAUACAGACAACAGACUCUUGGCCAACGCAGUGCGCAUGGUAGUGGAGGACGCGGUGGCCGCGAGGAUUUCCUCCUCCCAGCGGGGGUUCCUCCCCGGGAGGUCCAUGCUCUCUAACCUCGUGGACGUGGAGGAGGGCAUGGCCGAGCAUUACGUGGGCGCCCACGGGUCGAUGGCUGCGUUCUUCGAUUUUGAGGUGGAGCGGAAGGUCUGCGCCAAGCUCUUUCCGGGCCCUCGUGCAUGGACGAUCCCAGAUCUCAUGACGCAGCUCCGCCGCAUGGGAUUUCCGCGCGAGUUGAUGGACAUACGCUGUGCGACGAUUGCGGCUCAAGCUCGUGCAUGCCACCUCGAGGCGUUGACGCAGGGCGGGCUGCAGGUGCAAGCGAGAGCCCGCCGACUCCGCCAGCUUCUCCAGAGCGAUGGGCGUCAAUUCUAUUCUGAGGCUGUCGAGGCGUGGCUGGCGAGCAACACAUUAUUUGUCUUGGAAGCUUCGGCAGACCGCAUCGACGGGGAGGAGUUUCGACGUGGCCUACGGCUCACGCACGAGUUCCCGACUGAGGACCGGCCCUCCCUCAAGGCAGGGUGGCAAGCCAGCCGAUGCCAAUUUUUGCUGGCAGCGCGUCCGCCGACCAAGGUAGAGGCAUUUCUUCGGAGGCGGCUUGACCAUUGGAGCAUUGACCUUGCGCCGGGCCGCCGGGUGCCGCGCUUCUCCGCGUACGUUGCCCUUCUCGGUCAGAGUGCCCCGCCAUGCGUCAUGGCAGCGGCCUUGCGCACAGCUUGCAAUGGCUGGCUCACAACGGCGCGUUUUCAGCAACGGUCUCAUUGUGCGUUCGGCUGCGGGGGCGGUUUCGAUUGCAUUCGGCAUUACGCACAUUGUGGCCUGUACCAUCGCUGGUGCGAGGAGGCGUGUGCCCUCGAGCCACCGCCUGCGCAGGCGCGCCUGGCAAGUUUCCUCGGUUUGCACGCGCCGAUGGGGCUGGAGGCCGCGCCCGUGCCGCGUACAAGCGACGAGAUGCGCUUGUUGGGAGCUGUUUGUAUCUAUGCCCUUUACCGGGCACACCUCGCCGUGCGGCACAAAGCCGUAUUUCAGUUCGACGCAGGGCAUCUUUUCAAGGCCGCCGUGCGCGAGGCUUGCGCCCGAGAGCCUCUCAACGGGCUGCUCGCCAGGUCUCGGCGCAGGCGGCCAGGCGCCUAG